GCACCACAAGAACGUAACAGCACCCCUAUCUCCAUCCGUCCAUUCCUCUCACUGCCACUAGUCUGCAGUCUUCAUCAGGAUGGAGAGGGUGCAGCACAUGGCACGCUCAGCCAUCCGGAGGGCGUCCAACAUCGAAGUGAACCCGCAGACCAAACGCAACCUACAAGAUCUCAUCAUCAACUUCUCCCUCAUCCUCAUCUGCCUGCUGCUCAUCUACAUCAUCGUCUUGCUCAUGUGACAGCAAAAGGCUACAACCGGCCAAUCGCAAGAUGCACUGUACAAGACCUUGGACAAUUUCUGGGAAUUGAAAAUGUCCUACUGAUGAUGCAAUGCAUGUUAAUUUCCUGAAAUGAUUCGAGGGCUGCACUAAUUUUUCUUCAUUUAUGUUUGUUGCAUUAUUCUUACAACAAUAAGCAUAUUUUUGACCUUUGGAUGAGUACAAAUCUCAUAUUGUUCAUAUAUAUUUUGUAUCGGGAUAUACAUAAAACAUACAAAAUUGCAUGUUAGGUAAAUUCAGAUAUGUUUUGUAUAUGAAUGAAGACCACACAGAAGGAAUUGGUCAUAUGAUAGUUCACAAAGACACAAAGAAUGAACAUCAAAAUGCCUGUAAUUUCUGGCAAAAGUAACUCCCAUCAGCAAACAGCAAUUCCUUUAAGUGCCAAGUCAUUUAUGUAAAUAUUCCCCUCAAAAAAUCUCAUAAUUGUUGUGUUGAAAUGCAAAAUUUAUAGGUCAGUCCCAGAAAUCAUAUAUUAUUCACAGAGGAACAGAGCAUGUUGGCACUAAGGUAAAUUACGCUUGUACACUUAACAUAUUAAUGUCUGUUUACACUUCCUUUGGACACGAUCUGAGAAAGAGAGAGCUAAAAUGGGUAAUUUAAGGAUGUUUUUAAAUGUGGACAACCAAUAAAGAGAAAGUUUGUUUUAAAUGA